AUGUGCCCUACAUUUCCUCCGCUCCUCCCGUUGCCCCUCGUCUCUCUUCGUCUUGGCUCGUUGUCGGUCCUCGACACGCUCGUCCUCGACGCAGACGACAAUCAUAACACACUCAGACCACUCUUCAGCAUCGAAUCUGCAAACGACGAUACCUCUGUCUAUCGUCUUGACCACGACGCCCAUCCUGACCCGACCGCCCGCCUCGUCGCUGCUAUCAAAUGGUCUUCUACCUCGAACAAAACACUCGUUUCCAUCAGUGGUAGCACCCAUUUUUCAUCCGCUUUCUUGAAAAAGACCGUCCUAGGCGGAUCGCGUAAAUUUCACGUGCCUGGACAGUCAAACGCGCUCAAAUGGAAACAUGUCGGCUCUCACUACGAGUGCACCCUCUGCUCGCAUGCCUGUACCGCGCACAGGGCCGUGGCAACCCUCGAGCCAGGCCACACCACGGCCCUCCCCCGGCUCAGCAUUUACACUUCGUCCGUCUCCUCAAAUCAAUCAGAUACCUACAAGGGUGUCGACGUCUCCUUGUUAGAGUACUUGAUCGCCACCACCAUCUUGCUCCUCCGCAAGGAUCACUCGGGCCACAAUACGCCUUUGAACACCACUAGAAACUCGUCGCAUUUCCUCGCUCCAACUACACCAACCACCAUCUCUUCGUCCUCGUCUGGCUCGUAUUCACCCCUCUUCUCCACUUCGCCUGCCGCCGCUUGUCAGCGCUCUACUUCGACGCGAAGUACCCGCAGUGGAGGCCACAGGACACCAGGAACAAGGCCCGUUCUCGACUUGCUCGAGGAUGAAGACGUACCGUCGCCCACGACCCCAUACUCUCCCAGCAAGCCACCGCACUCGCCCAUGCUCAAGCCCGUGACAAAUUCGCCGAGAAUGAGAGCCUCGCCGCUGCUUAAACCGCUCAGCGCGUGUCCGUCACCCUUUUCGAGUGCCAGUUCGAGUUCGAGUGUCGCCGGCGGUUCAGUAUCGUCUCUCCCUGCCAGUCCCGUGACUCCGUUUUCGCACAUGGGUGUACACAGUCCGUUGAACCAGGACACGUUUGCAACGGCGAAUUAUCAAGUCCUCAAUGGCUCUCACCGUGAUCAACGGGCAGAGAAUGAAGAGGCCACGGUGCCAUUCCAGAUCCCUUUGCCGGCCUCGCACGAGCAUAGGACCCUGAGCCACUCGACAUCCUAUGGUCAACUUCGCUCUCCGACGUCGGCUUCGAGUAGUUCCACGGCAACGUUUACCCAGUCACCCAUGACGUAUAUCCCAUUCACCUCGCCGUCUACUCAUUAUGCGCCCUCUCCUACAUCUCCGAGUACCCACGUGUCUACGCAAAACGUCGCGUCCCAAAGGACGUAUGCGCCGACACCGACGCGACCACCCGCGAGUUCGACCAAUAACACGAGCGCAGGUCAUGCCAUGGGCCGUUCACAUUCUCAUGGUGCAAUCCCACGCAAGAUUGCCAACAAGCUCCCGAGUCCAAUUCUCAGCUCGCUUGCAUUUUUCCAUCACCAUUCACACUCGCAGAGUACCAAAUCGGCUAGUACAAGUGGUCAUGGUAAAAGCAAUUCACGCACGAGAACCAAUGAUGAAGAGCGGGAGCGGGAGCCAGAGCCCGGCCCAAGCGCUAUCACACCCUAUCAACUUCCGCCGACACCUUUGCACCCACCUCCCCCGCCUCCAUCGGCCCCGGCGUCUGUGACGACGUAUGCACAUCAGACGCCUGCUCAUUCGAUGUCGUCUGGUUCUGGAUCUGGUUCGACCUUGUCGAGGGAUGCGACGAUCACUCCCUACACGCUCCCGCCGCGCUCGCCUCUUACACAAACCAGCAAGCUGCCUCAUCAAGGAGAGAAUGCGCUUUUGUUGGAGACGGACAUGAAUACCAGCUCUAGUGGACCAUCUCCCCUGCAGUAUACGACGGAGAUGUAUCACAUCAUGUUCGAGACGGGACAGUACGCCUCCAACGCAAGUUCAACCAUGCCCCAGCAGAGGCGGGAGUCGUCGUCUUCCCAGCCAUCUUCCCAGCACCGACGAGAGUCUAGCACCACCAUGACCCUUCAACCCCAACAUACCAGACGAGAAUCGAUGCCAGCAGUAACCCAAUCAAGACGAGACUCGGCGUCUGCGUCUGGCGCGGGUCGACCUACGCGCAUCUUCCAAGAGGUACCUGCUCCAUCUGCAUCGGACCUCGAAGCACUCGGAAUUGCCGAUUUCUUUGGAACCGGAUCUCGACCUCAUGCAUCUCCGCGUGCGCAGGUACAUCCACUUUUACAAUCCUCGCCUCGUCUCGCUCAACCGCAUCUUACUCUUCACACCACCAACAAUGUCCAUUCUUCUCCUCGUCUCGAAACACACACUCGUUCGCCUAUUACACGUACCGUGCCCAUUGAAGACUUUGAGCAACUGGGCGUCGACGGUCGUGAUUUGGGUAUUGACUUGGGUGUAGAGGAAACGGGAAAUGGUGUUGGAGAGGCGUUGCCUUCGUAUAAUGAGAUUGAGUGGACAGUACGUGUACGACAACCGCGCGUCCGGGAUCGACAGGCCAACGCAAACGCGCACAAUGAAAGGGCGUUUGGGCCUCAUGGACAGGAUGGUAUGUUGGGAUUGGCAUUGGUGCAUUGA